AAAUGAGGAAGGGAAGAGCAACAACACUGCACACACUGCGCAUGAGAAGGGAGGGGGAAAUAAAGUUAGUUCAGACUUUUUUUUCCAGUCGACAGAGCAGAAGGAAGGAGAAGGGAGGCAGGGGCAGGAAGACAAAGAGAGAGAUUUCUGUGGAGGAGCAGCUGUCCUGCUGUGUUUUGUGUCAGGAUGUCCUGAAGGAUCCAGUCUCUACCAGCUGUGGACACUGGUUCUGCAGACAGUGCAUCACCUCAUACUGGGACCGGUCUGCUUCAUCAGAAGUCUCCUCCUGUCCCCAGUGUGGAAAAAGAUCCAGAAAAAGAGCUGGACUGCAGACGUCCAGUCAGACCAGCACUGCACAAAUAGAUGGUGGUCUACAGGAGGUUUUAGAGGAACAUAAGAUCAGUCUGGAGACCAGAUGUAAAUAUGUGACUGAAGGAACUGAUAAAACAGGAAGUGAAGCCCUCCUCAACAGGAUCUACACUGAGCUCUACAUCACAGAGGGACAGAGUGAAGAGGUUAAUACCCAACAUGAGGUAAGGCAGCUUGAGACAGCUUCCAAGAUGGAGACCUUCCAUGACACUCCAAUCAGAUGCCACGACAUCUUUAAAGCCUUACCUGACCAACAGAGACAUAUCAGACAAAUCAGAAUCGUUCUGACGAAAAACCUUCUCAGUGCAGAAGUUCACUCUGGACUGGGCAGAGGGCUUGGAAAACCAACAUGUCAGUCUGGUGGUCCUGCUUUCAUUCAGAGAGCUGAACUUGAUCAAAGAUGAGCAGUACAGUCUUCUCAGGCUGCUCCAUGUUUUUCAUCCAACAUUACACAAGGUCACAGCAGAGAAUCUCGCUGUCUGUAAACUUUUGUUCAUCUUUGACGGUCUGGAUGAAAGCAGACUUUCACUGGAUUUCCACAACAAUGAGGUUGUGUCUGAUGUCACACAGACAUCACCAGUCAACAUGCUGCUGACAAACCUCAUCAAGGGGAAUCUGCUUCCCUCGGCUCUCAUCUGGAUAACUUCCAGACCUGCAGCAGCUAAUCAGAUCCCUCCUGAAUGUGUUGACAGGGUAACAGAAGUACGAGGCUUUACUGACGCCCAGAAGGAGGAAUACUUCAGGAGGAGAUUCAGUGAUGAAGAUCUGUCCAGCAGAAUCAUCUCACACUUCAAGACCUCCAGGAGCCUCCACAUCAUGUGUCUAAUCCCUGUAUUCUGCUGGAUCACUGCCACAGUUCUGGACCACAUGUUGACCCUAGACCAGAGAGGAGAGCUGCCCAAGACCCUGACUGAUAUGUACUCACACUUCCUGCUAGUUCAGACAAAGAGGAAGAAGCACAAGUAUGAUGAAGGACAUGAGACAAGUCCAUGGGAGCUGAUGGAGGCUGACAGUGAAGUUCUUCUGAAGCUGGGGAGGCUGGCUUUUGAACAUCUGGAGAAAGGAAAGAUCAUGUUCUAUCAAGAGGACCUGGAGCAGUCUGGUCUUGAUGUCACAGAGGCCUUGGUGCACUUGGAGUUUGUACAGAGAUCUUCAAAAGAGAGUGUGUGAUCUUCCAGAAAACCGUGUACUGCUUUGUUCAUCUGAGCAUUCAGGAGUUUCUGGCUGCAGUCUACAUGUUCCACUGUUACACCAACAAUAACACAGAGGUACUGGAGGGUUUCCUGGGGAAAGACUACAGCAGGGACUCUAAACCAAAGACUCUCAAACAGAGUUUUUUAAAGUUUUUUAGACAUGAUGAUGGCCUGAAUGUCUUUCUGAGGAGCACAAUGGAGAAAUCCCUUCAAAGUGAAAAUGGACACCUAGACCUGUUUGUUCGCUUCCUUCAUGGCCUCUCUCUGGAGUCAAACCAGAGACUCUUAGGAGGCCUGCUGGGUCAGAGAGACAACCGUCCAGUAAUCAUCCAGAGAGCCAUCAACAACUUGAAAGAGAUGAACAGUGAUGAUAUCUCUCCUGAAAGAAGCAUCAACAUCUUCCACUGUCUGAUGGAGAUGAACGACCACUCCGUACAUCAGGAGAUCCAAGAGUUCCUGAGGUCGGAAAACAGAUCAAUGAAGAAACUCUCUGAGAUCCAGUGCUCAGCUGAGCUCAGAUGUCAGAGGAGGUUCUGGAUGAGUUGAACCUGAAGAAGUACAACACAUCAGACCAGGGACGACGGAGACUGAUUCCAGCUGUGAGGAACUGCAGAAUUGCUGUUCUUUCUGGCUGUGGGCUCUCAGAGACUCACUGUGAAGUUGUGGCCUCAGCUCUGAAGUCCAACCCCUCCCAUCUUAGAGAUUUGGACCUGAGUUACAACAAGCUGCAGGAUUCAGGAGUGAAGACACUGUCUGCUGGACUGCAGAGUCCAAACUGUAGACUGCUGACUCUGAGUUUGUGGGACUGCAGGUUGUCAGAGAUUAGCUGUGCCUCUCUGACCUCAGCUCUGAAGUCCAACCUCUCCUAUCUGAAAGAGCUGGAGCUGAGUCUCAACAAGCUGCAAGAUUCAGGAGUGAAGCUGCUGUGUGAUUUCCUGGAGAGUCCAAACUGUAGACUGGAAACUCUGAGGUCAGUUCACUGACUCUCUGUUACUAUU